CUUUUUUUUCCCCACGUGUUCUUAUUCUACCAAUACCCCCUGCUUCCUUAAUUCCUUUUCUAUUCCCCUCUCUCUCUCUCUCUAAACAAAAACUCCAUUGACACACCUCUCUCCCCCCCUCUCUCUCUCUCUCUACACUCCACUCUAAUACUACUGCACUAGCAAUGAACAAGCCUCUCCAUAUAUCGUCGCCGUUCCUCUCGCUCGCGCUAGCCGUCCUCGCCUUUUCCUGCAUGAUCACCACCGCGCCGCCGCCGGAAGCGGCCCCCGCCAAGUCUCGCGAUCACGACCACCUAUCCUACUUCGAAUCGGCGCUCAAUUCGCUAUGGAAUCCGCUGCUCAAGUCGAAGAACCACUCCUCGGCGCAGGAGCAGAAGAAAUCGGCCGGCUGCGGCGCCGUCUGGAGCAGGGCGUGCUCCGACGAGAUCAUGAGAAUCGCGCAGAAAUCGGAUUUCGUGAAAUGGAUAAAAUCCGUCCGCCGCAGAAUCCACGAGAAUCCGGAGCUGGCCUUCGAGGAGCACGAGACAAGCCGCCUCGUCCGCCACGAAUUAGACGGGCUGGAUGUCGGGUACCGCUUCCCAUUGGCUAAAACGGGAAUCAGAGCUAUGAUCGGAACCGGGGAGCCGCCGUUCGUCGCCAUCAGAGCCGAUAUGGAUGCUCUGCCCAUCCAGGAAGCCGUUGAAUGGGAGCACAAGAGCAAGAAUGCGGGCAAAAUGCAUGCCUGCGGCCACGACGCUCAUGUGGCGAUGCUCAUGGGCGCAGCUAGGAUACUCAAGGCUAGGGAGAAUCACUUGAAGGGGACAGUGAUUCUGCUCUUUCAGCCAGCAGAGGAAGCUGGGAACGGAGCAAAAAGAAUGAUUGAAGAGGGAGCUCUUGAAGAUGUUGAAGCCAUCUUCGCGAUGCAUGUAUCGCACCUUCUUCCAACAUCAGUCAUCGGGUCAAGAUCCGGUCCUUUACUAGCUGGAUGUGGUUUCUUUAAGGCUAUUAUAACUGGCCAGCAGACCAAAGGCGAGAAUUACCAUCACUCCAGUGACCUUGUCUUAGCCGCCUCAGCAGCAGUGAUCAGUUUACAGGGCAUUGUAUCGCGUGAAUCAAAUCCUUUGGAUUCUCAGGUUGUCUCCGUUACUUUCAUGGACAGUGGAGACAUUCCUAAUGCUUCAGCAAAGAGGGUUGUGUUUGGUGGCACCUUGAGGGCGUUUUCUACUGCAAGCUUCCACCAGCUUGUAAAACGAAUAGAAGAGGUGAUAAUAGCCCAAGCUAAGGUAUACAAGUGCUCAGCAACUGUCGACUUCUUCAAGGACUCAGACUCGAUCUACCCUCCCAUGGUGAACAAUGAUUUAAUGUACGAACACGUGAAGAGGGUCAGCUCCGACCUGAUAGGCCCCACAAAUUUCCAAGUCGUGGAGCCCGUCAUGGGAGCCGAGGACUUCUCCUUCUACUCGGAGGUGAUCCCUGCAGCCUUCUUCUACAUAGGCAUCAAGAACGAGACCCUAGGAUCGGUGCACUCGGCACACUCCCCACAUUUCAUGAUCGAUGAAGAUGCACUGGUUGUAGGAUCAGCAACUCAUGCUGCCAUUGCUGAGAGAUACCUAAACGAACGUGAAGGCGAGCGAAGGCUCUCUAUAAACGGGCAUCAUCGAGAGCAAUGAUGUGCAUAACUAAAUUUUGAUUACAUUAGGAAAUAGGUUAGUGGAAGUGGGUAUAAAAGCAUUACUAUCUCUCCCAUUCUAGACGGGGUGGCUGCGUCGGAGCAGAAGGAGAAGCAUUAGAGUAUUUAUUCAUUCUUUUUUUUCCCCUUCAUGUAGAGCCACCAAUGCAGCAGCCAUUUUCAAUGUAUAUUAUGCUUCCUUCAAUCUAAUUAUGUAUUCUUGUUAUACAUUGAUUCUAAGUGAAAUGCUGUUGGCUUGCAUAA